CAACAGCCACAGGGACGAAGAGAGUGAGUGAAAAUAAUUGAAAGAGAAGCAGAUCAUCAAUCUCACAAUUGAAUAGACUGGAUCGAGCCGUCCUGUGUCUGCCCGAGGUACUAUUUCUAGUGCCGGCGCAGCAGCGCCUAAAGCUGUUGCUAUCAAACCGACCGCAGAAGAUAAGAAGGAACCUACUAUUUCUACCGACAACAUCUGUAUCUUUUGUGAUCAAGUCGAUCCGAACUUUAACGAGGAUACAUUGAUUUCUCAUUAUUACAACACAUGUCCGAUGUUGACAAAUUGUCCUAUGUGCAAAAUUAUUCUCGAAGUGUCAACACUCAACGACCAUUUGCUAAGCGACUGCGAUCAAAAGCAUUUGAUGAAGCAAUGCUCCAACUGCAAGCGGCCUAUUCUCUUGGAACAGUGGCUUCAACAUGCGCUGAAGAAAAGUUGUACCGCACCGGAAGCUGAUGAUGCCAACUGCCCUUUAUGUCAAACUCCUAUCUCUCCUCCAACGGAUGCAGGCUGGCGUGAUCAUUUAUUAGCCGGGGACGGUUGUCCAAAAAACGCGGAAUCACGUCGACCGAAGCAAUCUGGAUACAACCAGGAUAGCGUUCAUCGAGCGACAGGUAAUGGAGAUAAAGCCGCUACCAAUGUUCAAGGGUCUACAGGUCCCGAAUCCAGCAAGACCACAAAACCAUCAUCCAGACAUACCAUCAGCAACAAGCGAAAAUAGGAAGCCCACAUAAUCUCAUUCUCUUGGCAUCACAAACACGCACACGCAAACGCACAUAUUUUAUAAGCAUGCACAUCAAUAAAAUUCGGAUACCCAAC